AUGGAAGACAUUUCUUACUUACCAAUCCAAGAAUGGCUUUCUUCACUUGGAUUUGCAGAACUGAUCAUCAACGAACUGAACACUAUCGAAAUCGACAUUAAGAAAGACAUCUAUGAUGACAUUCCUCUCCAGAAACUAAGAAACAUGUUCAAACUAAUUGAGUUUUCAAGUACAUCACCAGUUUUGAUUGACAAAUUCCGAUGUCCAGACAUUGUCAAGACAAUUAUGCGCUACACAACACUUCCUACAGAAGUUGAAGAUGCACGAUGGUCCGCACUUAACGUUUUGUACUGUAUCGAGUCCGCAGACAUCAUGAACAGUCUUUUCGACUAUGUCUUCACAUUCGUCGAUCAUUAG